UUGAUGAUAUGAAUUUCUAAAAAUAUAUAGAGACUUAUUGUCAAUGUUGGUAACCGUGAUUUUAGUUUCUGACAUAUAUACGUACUGUUGUCGGAAAAGUUCUUUUGCGUACGGAGCCAUUUUACUUUGCACAUUUAGCAAUCAAAAAUAUAAAAAUGGAGAACGACAACGGAGUACUUGUUGACUUGUACAUACCAAGAAAAUGCUCAUCGAGUAAUCGUAUCAUUCAUGCCAAGGAUCAUGCAUCUAUUCAAUUAAGUAUUGCUGAUGUUGAUCCUGAAACUGGACGCAUGACUGACUCUCAAAAGAUGUAUGCAAUUUGUGGCGCUAUUCGUCGUAUGGGUGAAUCUGAUGAUUGUUUGGUACGACUUGCAAAAAAUGAUGGUAUAUUACCAAAAAAUUUUUAAUCUAUGAUAAUUAUUGUAUUCUUUCAAUAAAAAUAUAAAAAAAAACUAAUACAA